CAGCCAUGAUCUCACAGCCUUCACGCACUGGCGCCAUGAAUAUACUGGGAGCUCCUGAUGUGCGCUACGCCACUAUUUGUCACCUGUCAAGUGCCAGUGUGUGCUGGCAUCGUCUCGACGAACUAUCAGAAAGCGGAGGCCUGAGGUGAUAGUUGCGCUACUCAAGCGCUUGGGCCCUGCACUUCAAACUUGUCUCAUCGGAACAUCCCUGGGAGUCUACGGCAGCUCUUGACGUACAAACUUAUGGCUGGCGUGGGGACACGAAUGUGGGGACUGACUGCGAGGAGGACUUCUGUCAUCCCUAACCUCAAGGGGUCACUCCUUACGGUCAUCAUUUCAAGCUUUGUCGGGCUCUCACUCGUGACUGCCACCUCUGUCAACAUCACAGUCGAUGACACGCUUGGCAACGCAACGUAUGGAGUGUGGCCAGCAUAUCUCCCAGCGGACGACGUUAACUGGCACGCGGGAACACCUACGGAGGAAUGCGAUAUUUGCAAAAUCAAGCCUUCUGAGCUUGACUUGAACCAGAUCCUAGACCAAACCUGGCACCAUGGGACAUAUUUCCAAGGAUCCCCUAUACAAGUGCAGGUCACUUUCACUGGGACUGCAGUAUAUGUCUUCAACGUGGUCCCCAAUACACUCCCGGGAACAGAUACUCUGAUGAACAUCUCUUUCGCCAUUGACGGUGAGACAGUCGGAGACUUCUUUCAUCAACCCAAUUCUAGCUCUGUGAUACUGUAUGACCAACUCGUCUACUCCAACGCGACCCUGCCCAACACUUCCCACACCCUUGUCAUGAGCGCAUCCGGGGACGAAGAGUCCCUCAUUUUCUUCGACUACCUGCUAUACACUGCCGAUAUCGACAGCACCGGCUCGUCCCUGCUACCUUUCC